CGAAAUCGUCGAGGCAAAACAUGCAACAAAGCACAGUAAAACGGCGAAUAUUAGGCGCAUUUAAGUGAUUUUUUUUUUGGGCAUUCACGUUCACGGCUGUGGUUUGUGCUGUUCCAUACGGUCAACAUGUCGGUGCAUUACAAGUUUAAAAGCACCCUCGAUUUUGAUACGAUCACGUUCGACGGGUUGCACAUAUCGGUGGCAGAUCUGAAGAAAGCUAUCAUCCAGCAGAAGCGAUUGGGCAAAACGGUCGACUUCGACCUUCAGAUUACCAAUGCUCAGACUAAGGAAGAGUACAAUGAUGAUAAUAUGCUGAUACCCAAAAACACGUCCCUUACGAUUGCACGAGUACCGGUGAAGUCGCAGGGGAAAAAGAAUUGGGAGAAAGCGGUGCCGGAGCAGAAUGCACCGGCGCCGACACCGCGUGGUAAACAUGAUGCGGCCAGCUCGCAAACAAAUGUCGAUCUCUCGAUGAUGAAUGGUACUGAGGAGGACAAGAUUCGUGAGAUGAUGUUUCAGAGUACAGCGGAAUAUGAUCCAACCAAGUUUAAACACAGCUACCAGAAAGUGCGUGGUACACAAACGGGAGAAGUUCCGAUGAAUUAUAAGUGCUACCGUUGCCACAAACCGGGCCACUGGAUAAAGAACUGUCCGAUGGGUCCGCUGCCAAAGGAGAAUAUGGAGGUAAAGCGUACGUCCGGCAUACCGCGAUCGUUUAUAGAGCGCGAUAAGGAGGUGGGAAAUAAUCCGGCCAUGCAACCGGUGCAGAUGCCACCGGAAGAAAAGCAAGUCAUACCGGAAGAUCUCAUCUGUAGCAUUUGCAAAGAUUUGUUUACGGACGCCGUUAUGAUACCGUGCUGUGGAAGUUCGUUUUGCGACGAGUGUGUACGCACGGCAUUGCUCGAAUCGGAGGACAAUGAAUGUCCAGAUUGUAAAGAGAAAGGUUCCUCGCCGGGUUCGCUGAUACCGAAUCGAUUCCUGCGUACAUCCGUGAAUGCAUUCCGGAACGAAACAGGAUACACCAAAUCGAAAGCCACGGUAGGGAAGAAGCAAACAAAGCCGGAAGAAAUACCGACUGCGGACAGUACCACUAGCGGUGGCUUAUCGUCCACAGUACCGUUCGGUGAUGUGGAAGACAGUGCACCUAUCGGUAGUUCAAUUUCAACAACCACCGAGAUGGUGGAAUCCUCUACAUAUGAAGAUGAUGGUGGACAUCGCAAUGUGGAUGCUAUGCAUCAACAGCAGCCACAGUUAUUCGACGAAAUAUCCCUGCAAGAUGAUCUCGCUUCGCCGCGGCAGGAUAAUAAAGAGUCGACGGGGAUGGCACCGUCAGCAGGUCCCGGGUUCGACAAUGAGUCGGACUAUGAGGACAACAUCACAGUUACUGUUCCGCCAGCUCAUCUACAGAGUCGAGGUGCAUUCCGCGGUCACUAUAAUGGCGGUGGCCGACCGAUGCGACAUGGACGAACGCAUGGCCAUGAUACGCCACCGAAUGAAAGACAGCAGAUGAUAGUGAACCAGCAAGGUGGAUAUGGUGCUGGUGGGAAUGGUAAUAACGGUGGCCGUGGUAACGACCAUAUGGACCGGGAGCGAGAAGAAGAACAUCGGCGGCGUAUGCUAAUGGAGGAGAAGGAUGGCGACGGUUAUGGGGCUGGUCCGCCCGGAAUGAUAAACGAACGGGGUCGCGAGUACGGUGAUCGAUCGCCGGAGUACUUGCAUGGAGGCAACGGUGGCGGUGGUGGUGUCGGUGGACGAGGAUUAAUGCCGAUUCCACAUAAUCAUCCACAGCACGUUCAAGCCAUAGGAACGGCUAUGGGUCAUCCAGGCGGUGCUUACAUGGGCCCUGGUAAUGGUGGAUAUGGCGGUCACGUAGGACAUCCACCGUAUGGUGGUGCGGGCGGCGUCGGUGGCGGUUCUGGUGGUGGUGGCGGCGGAAAUAACGGUCCAGGAGGAGGAGGUUAUGGAAUGCAGCAGGGAAGCGGUGGUUAUCCACAACAGCAAAGAUCGUACGAACAUCAUGGUGGAAUGUAUCCCGGCGAUCGUCCAACUCGCAUGAUGUACCCGAUGCGUGGUGGUGGUGGGUUUAUGUCGCACCAUCCUCCCCAUUUAAGGCAACGCCCGAUGGGUCCAGGGCCGACGGGAGGCUAUCCGAGUGUACAUCCAUCGAUAGGGCCUGGGGUUAUCGACGAUCCCCUCGAAGCGUUCAAUAGAAUCAUGCGCGAGAAAGAGUUGCGCAAAAAGCAAGAGCAGCAGCAGCAACAAAUGCGACGUAACCGGUCGCCAAUGGUUGACCGGGGCCGAAGAUCCCGAUCAUUUGACAAUGGUGGUCGCGGUGGUCCACGGGGUAAUUCGUCUGAUCGACGACGCACAUCUCGUCAACGGUCUCCCGAAAGACGACGAUCACCGGACGAUAAACAUCCAGACGAGCGCGAUCGUAUGCGAGAACGUCGCCGCAAUCGAUCCAGUUCGUAUAGUUCCGGUAGUUCGCGAUCAUAUACAAGAUCAAAGUCACGUUCACCAAUGAAACGCAAUAAGUCUCCACGAAAACGGUCACGCAGUCCGGGCUAUAGAGAUAGACGUAGCAGAAGUCGUUCGGGAUCAUUUGGUGGAAUGAGAUAUAGGGAUCGUCGAGAUGAACGUCGUCAGGGCGAUUUCAACAGAGACCGAUCGCCUGGAUUCAAUCCCGGUUUUGGCUUCGGCAAUCGUCCUCCCAGAGGCGGCGGAGGUCCAAGGGGUGGUCGUGCACGAGGAAACAAUCGAGACGUAGGUGGAAAUAUGCAACACUUUCCACCCCGGGGGUAUGAUCGUCACCAACCUGGUCACAUGUUACCGAUGCAAGGUGGACGCCCAGAUGACAUACCACCGGCGUUUCUGCAUGGUCAGCAUAUGAAUGAGUACCGGGACGGACACGGACCAGUCGGUCAGCACGGUGGCGGCAUGAUGGGCAGCGGUGGAUUAGGCGGAGGGCCAGGACCCUCAAUGCAAACGGGUUUGGUGGCUUCCGCACAGUCAAACAGAUAUCCGGGACGCGAUGAACGAGAACGAAGCAUUGGCGCCAAUUACGGAGGUGCCAAGCAGCCGGACUUUGGCGAUGGCGAAGGCGACCAUAUGGUGCACUCACAUACGAAAGGUAUGGGCGAACGGUACCGAACGUCCAGUCGCAAUUCGUCGCCCAGCGGUCCUCAUCAGCAAAACGUUGCGCAUGACCAGGCGGAACGUGGCAGGGAGCAGGGUGAGUGGUCCGAAUUUCCCGAUGAAUCUGGAUACCAUCAACCUGCAACAUCGGCCCGCCAGCAUGACGAUCACGUGGAUCGGCAAAGCGCAGAACGCAAGAGUGGUGCCGGCAGUGCUCGCGAUUCCGACCACAGAAGCGUCGACCAUCGGCCAUCAUCAAUAGGACCAGCGGGUGGCGGUGGUGGUAACCAUGGGCGGGGAAGAUCACGUUCACGUGACCGCAAACGGCAAGCCACGGGCAACCAGGAAGGAUCGGAUCGCGAUGGUUCGGACCGAAGAAAAUAUAGAUCGAAGCGGUCGGAGUCUGCGGAAAGGCACGAAAAAUCGAAUGCUGCAAACCGUGGCCCACGGUCCACCGGUGAGCACGAGAAGGAGAAGCAGGACCGCAAACAACACCAGAUGCCCGAAAAGGAGAAGCGAAACGAGCAGGAACAACAUGGGCGCCGAGAUGAGCGAGAUCAUCAUCGGGAUCGUGGCAAGGAACGGAACGAGCGUGAUCGUGACCGGGAGCGGGAACGUGAUCGUCAACGAGAACGGGAGCGUGAUCGUGAAAAGGAGCGCAACAAGGAUAAGGAACGCGAUCUGGAGCACGAUCGGGAGCGGGAUCGAAGGAAGGAGAAGGAACGCGACAAGGAGAAAGAAAAGGAACGCGAGCGGGAAAAGGAACGCGAGCAGGAGAAGGAAAAGGAACGCGAGAAAGAAAGGCUCCGCGAGCGGGAAAAGGAUCGCGAAAAGGAUCGCGAGAAGGAAAAGGAUCAUCGCGACAAGGAGAAGGAUCGCGACAAGGACAAGGAGGCGAAGGAACUGUCGAAGAAAAAGGCCCGUGAUUCGAGCGAUGAAGAUCGGCGUGAUAGGAAGAAGGAUCGGGAUAAGAAGAAGCGCAAAAAGGAAAAGGAAGUGGAAAAGCGUAAGCACAAGAAGGAACGGAAGGAGAAGGACAAGGAGCAACGGUCGAAGGAUAGGCGCAAGGAGCGGAAGACGGUUGAGAAGGAGGAACCGGACAGUUCCCAGCAACCGGCAACACCAACGGUGCGGGAUCGUGAUGAGGAAGCGAUGGCGAAACCAACAGCAGCAGAAUUGGAAGAUCCAAACAGUCAUCGUGCGCGUGAUAGUCAGUCAAAUGAUGGAGACGAUCACGAACGUCCUGCGAGUGUCGCCAGUGAGGAUCCGAAGCGUGAUAUCGAUUCCGGCGAUUCUGGUGCGGACGAUGAGGAACAUCCGGAUACCGAACCGCAUCCGGAGCAGCAGCAGCCGCAGUCGGACGUUGAGCAAAGUGAACACCAGCAACAAGAAGCUCACAUCGAUGGCCACGAUCAUGCGGAUCUGUAUUCGGACAUACCGGAUAAGUAUGAAGCAGAUCAGCUGGAACUUUGCGCGACCGGUGCGAACGAUCAGGAGGAAGAGGGUAUGCCGGGUUUGGCGGACAGUACGGAGAGCCAGGAAACCCCGGCCAAGCUCGAUACCACCGGAGACGGUGACAUGCUGAUGAAGCGGUCCGAUUCCGUUUUGGAUUUACACGCAAAUCUCGACUACGAGCAGGAGCUGGAUAGUGGCGACCAAACGCUAUCCAUACCACCGAAGGACGACAAUUCCGUGAUGCCUGAGCUGUCGAAGUGGGAAAUGGACGAGGAGGGACAGAUUAACUCAUCAACGGUGGAACAACAGGACGCAACAUCGCCCGCCGACCAGCUGGAGGACGGUAGCGAUAAGGACGGUCUGGAGUUGGACGGCGCCGGUAAGGUUACCAGUGAGGUACUGAAGCGAGCAGAAAAUGCAAUUUUCGCGCGUGCCAUCAACGCGAUACGGCCGAUCGAGAUUAAAAAGAUUAGCGUCGAACGGCAGAAGCUUUACACGGCCGGCAAUAUGCCGCACGACGAGGGCUCACCGCCCAGGAUGAUGGAUAUAAAGCAUGCACACGAAAGCGAUGAGUUCAAACGUGUUCAGGUCACUAUACCGCUACACGAUGUCCGAGCGGAACGUUCUGUUGAAAUUAAGCAAAAACUAGAGAUGAAAGUAGAAAAUCGUUCCUCACCGAUGCGUACCUCAGUGAAAGAGCGGUUGGGUAGCAAGGUGACGGACAACGCAUCACACUUUGCCCGUUCACGUACACCGCCGACGAAUCGUAAAAUGAGUAGCGUCCCAAGCGAUAACAUGAAUCGCGUUAAAUCGUUCGCAGAUCGGCGACGCGGUUCAUCGCGCAGCCGAAGCCGAUUACGGGACGAAUCCGGCGGCCGUAAGCAGAUGGAUAGGAAUCGCUCUUCUGGGGGUGGCAAACGUGAAGAAAAUAAAAAACAACAGACCGGUCAAUCGAACCGGCGGACGGCGAGUGGUAAUGGUGGACGGGGCAACGAUGAUCGGCAACAGUCGUUGCGCGAUCGGAAAGAAGACACCAGGCGGAACAGUAGGGAAAAGAGUGACAGUCGGAAGGUCGAACAGCAGCGUCUCCAGCGGGGUCGGAGUCGCGAUCAUGAGAGGGAGAAGGAUCGGGAUCGGGACAAUCGUGAUCGAGGCAGUGGACGACGUGGUAAUAGUCGGGAUCGGAAACAAACCGUAUCACCCCCGCCGAUCUCGAAGAAGGCCGAAAGUUCCCGCAAGGAUGUCGAUACGCACCGGAGUAAGCAUCAUUCGCAGCGGGAAGAUACGUCCGGUAGGGUAUCAUCGUCUAAGUCAAGCCACCGGGAUGACAGUGCAAACCCGAAAUCCCGGGAAGCAACCGACGAAAGGGGUGUAACAGCUCCAAGUUCCACCACGGGAGUCGAACGAUUAACGGCACGGUCCGAGCAAUCUCCUGCCGAUCGGACACCGUCCCGUAAAAGAUCCGCCGAACACCUCCGGGAGCGGUCCACCGAACGGGACCGGUGUGACGAUGGUGCCGCGAAACGGGACGAUACCGUUGCGGGCGGCUCGGGAGCUAGCGGUAAGCGGACUAAGGUAGAGAAACAUGCUGGUAAAUCAAACAAAAGUUCAAGCGAUUCGAGCAGUUCCGAUUCGGAUACCUCGUCGUCCGACAGCAGUCCCGAAACGGAUGAUGCUGGCCCGACUGGUAGCAGCAGCAAGAAGCGCAAAAAGCGAAAGCACAAGAAGGAACGCAAGCGUGCCAAACGUUCCGCUGCAACGACGGAAACGGACGACGAUUCGGGCGGGAAGCGCAAAAAGUCGAAAAAGAAAUCAAAAUCCUCCAAGAAAAAGAAAAAAUCCAGCAAACAUAAGAAGGACUAGAGCGCGCGGGAGCAAUGUUCCUCGGCAAAUGGAGGAGUAGUUUUGCUGCGAGCGGAUGACAACGCAAACGGUACGGAACAGUUACGUACAUACUUCCCCUUGUAGACUUCCUCUCUAUCGCAGACGGAAUGAUGGUCAGUUAGGACGGGUUGCACCGUUUCACAGGAGGGAGAGUAAGAGAGAGAGCUCGUCUAAUACAGCACGAAUUAGAGAAUGGCAUAUAAGCAUAGUUGCAUUUCUUUUUCUGAGCGAGCAAUGUACGCGGAGCAAAUUAUUAUUGGCAUAACAUAAUUAUGAUUAAGUUGGGUAGCAGUAGGUAAUUAUUAAGGCGCAUUUCCGCUACCAACAGCAGAACUAAUGCGUGCGAUGAACGAUUUGAACUAACAACAACAUUGGCAUCAGCAAUAGGAUUUAACAAGGAAAACAAGCAAAAAGAAUUAACCUCAUAACGGCACUGUACAUUUGAUUUUGUUGGAUUUAUAAACGACGAUUGGCCGGAAUGAAUUGCUAGCGAAGGUUAAACUUUAGUGAAAAAGCACUCAGCAUACGACCCAGAGAGUACCGCACACCCCAAUGUACGUAUUCCAAACUUUAUCGGCUAAAUAAAUAGUAAGACAUCUUCUAG